ACAGUCACAAGAAAUAAAUUAUUUGAAAUUUUAUAAUAGUUAUUUACUUUUAGUGUCAAAAAUGUAUGGAAAAUGGAUGUGCUUCGUGAUAUUAGAUCUCAUCAUCCUAACCUACAGCAGCCGUGCUGGUCGGUUUUAUCACGACUCCCACACCAGCCAUGACAAGAACCCCUGGAGUGGGGAAUGGAGCCAAGGCUGGCAGCACGACUGGUUCCAGCAGACGACUCCUCGGCCUACCAAACGGAAGACCACGACUGCAAGAGUUGUAACUGAGAUUACCCCGACCCCAACGUUUCCUCAGCCCGUUAUCAGAGACGUCGAAAUAAGACUGGGAGAAAGCCAGACAACUGACUCCCCCACUCCGAGUCCCAGACCUAUAACUUUUAUACAGGAUGAACUGAAAGAGCAGAAAACGCAAACUGUGAUAAAUUCUGGUCCGAAUCGUAAGAAUUUCCAAAGUGUAGCCGAGAAUUCUGAUAUCAAACAUGUACAAGCAGAAAUGGUUUUAUCAAAUAAUGAUAAGCCAGUCUUCAUUCCUGCAUCAGAUAAUCCAAAUAGUUUCGGAAUAGCAGUAGUAGAUGAUAAUUCCGAGGCUAAGCCUGUCCAAGAAGAAACUUCUUUACCAAACGAUGCCAAACCCCAAGACAGCAUUGGAACUGAUCAGAUUGGACCUAUAAGUACUAUAGACGCAGUUGACAAUAUUCAAGCUAAACCUGUCCAAGCAAAUACAGAUGAAAGCAAAAAUCCCGUUACAGAUGAUAAUGAUUAUUAUGAAGAAUAUUUAGCAUCGAUAGACGCAGCUUUAGGUGGUAUUGGAGGAACGAAUAAUGGGAAAGAUACAACAACACCAUUGUUCGAUAAGAAGGCAAGCAUGUGGCAUGUAGCUAUUUAUGAGAAGAAGAAGGCAUUGACCGAGUUUGUUUAUACAUGUGGAGGGUCGUUGAUCAAGGCCGAUAUGGUUGUUUCAGCGGGGCACUGUUUCUGGUCCCCCGUGUGGAAGGCGCUGCCGACGACGCGGUUCAAGGUGGCAGCCGGCAAGCUGUAUCCCGGCUACGAUGACCCGAGAGACACGAAUGCACAGCAUUCUGAGAUUAGAAACAUAUCGAUAUCAGAUAUGGACGCGGAGCCGUGCAAUCGACCGGACCUGGCGUUCAUGUACCUGGAGACGGCGUUCAAGUACACCAGCGUGGUCAAGCCGGUGUGCUUCAGCUUGGACUGGGGCUUGGAGACUAUUAGGCAGCUUAGAGAAGAGAUUGCAGGGACGGUAGCAAGCUGGGUCGCUUUACAGAACGGCGAAUGCGUACCCCGGCGACACAGUUGGCUGUCCCUCCCGUUCAUCAAAAACGACGUGUGUCAGAAUAAGGUGCACUACACAACCACUGGAAACUGCGGCGCGAUAAAUAUUACAUGCGCUACUGACAGCGGCAACGGCCUGGUAUUUUACCAAGACAAGACACCAUACCUCCUUGGUGUUGCCACCAACCCCGUCCACCGCCAAUGUGCCAGAUUCUACACCCGCAGCUACACCGUAACACCCAUUAUCGACGAAACUGGAGAUUUAAAUAAAUACUUGAAGGGCAUAACUGAUGUCUACAAUUUGGGCGAGUGUGAAAACUUGUACAGAAAUCCAACUGAAAAUAAUCAGAAGAACGAAACGGACAGUCCGUUUGGAGAUGGAUUCGUGCAGGUAGCGCCACCUGCCGAAGACGGUAAGUUCACCGCACAAGGCAUAGGCUCCACGCCAGUGCCGACGCUGCCUGGCACCAGCGCACCCGUGUUCCAGUGGCACGUCGGAGUCUACAGCAAGCGCUGGGCGCCGUACAUGCAGAUAUGCGGCGGGUCGCUAGUGAAACGAGACUUCGUUAUAUCAGCGGCCCACUGCUUUUGGGAAGACGAGGGCGGUCAGCAGCGCGCGAGCCAGUUCGCGGUGGCCGGCGGCAAGCUGUUCCGCCCGUGGAACAACACGCAGGACACUUACGCGCAACAUUCUGAUGUAUCGGAGAUAAUCCUGCCUGCCCGGUUCCGCGGCGGCACCACUAGCUUCCAGGACGACAUGGCCGUCCUGCGGCUGUCUACACCGUUCACGUACGCGCCGGGCGUGCAGUCCGUGUGCGUGGACUUCGACAGGCAGUUCGAAGUAAAACAGCUGCAAGCAGGGAACAUCGGAACGAUCCUCGGCUGGGGUCUGACGGAGAAGAACGGCAACCCAUCCCAGCGGCUCACGUACCUGGACCUCCCGUACAUUGACGUCGACAAGUGCUUCGCGGACUCCGAGCCCUCCUUCCACAAGUACAUCACUAGCGACAAGAUAUGCGCCGGAGACAUUUACACUGGCAAGGCGCUCUGCCGCGGCGACAGCGGCGGAGGCUACGUCCUAUACUCCUCAGAAAUCCCCUACCUGCACGGAGUCGCGUCCACCGCCGCCGGCGACGAUAACCUUUGCAACGCCUUCGCCAUCGCCGCCUUCACAUGCCUCUACGCACACCGCGCUUUCCUCAGAGACAACAUACCGAACAUAGACAAGGAGUGUGUUAAACCAGAGACUACAACACAGCCAGCUCAGAGAGUAAAUGUAGAAACGGCGCUUGGGACGGCGGGAGUUGUGGGUACGACAGGCGCUCCAGUGUAUACGAACAUGCCGUAUUUCCCUUACCCUAAUCAUUUUGUGUGCAAUUGCAAUUGUCAGCCUUAGCUUUGGUCUUAAUAAAAUGGAAAGAGAGAA